UCACAUAACUAGGUUUCUACCCAUAUGCCAAUUUACCCAAAGAAGUAAAAAUCCAUAGUUACUUUCACCAUUAUCCAUAUGAUAAGCGCGCAUGCGAAGAUUAUGAGCCAGAAGAUUAUGAGAUUACGAGCACAGUCGAUUUUAAAAUGUUGCUGAUAAAGGGUUUCAUGUUUUGCAUUGCUUUAGCCAUUGCUACAGCAGAUUACACAUGUUUUCCAAAAUCCGAAGGUGAAUGUUUGCAAGCAUGGGCGAACGAGCAUUCUACAAAAGACUUUUGUGAUAAUCAGAUAGCCAUGGCAAAAUGCAAAGUUAAGGCUGCCAAAGAUUGCAAAACAGGAUUUGAAGACGAUGCAACUGUAGCACAGUGGAUGUUGGCGGAAGCUUGCACGGAAGGAACAUCCUCUUAUAAAGCAAUACGAAGAAAUAACAGCUGUGGAAUAAAGGUUUUGAAUCCCAACAGCGGAUGUUAUGAAAACUAUGAGAAGGAUUUGAAAAAAUUUGAUCGAAGUCCUGAUUUCCUCGAAAUUGCCAGUAUCACUUGCAGACAUCUUGAUGACAUCACUAACUGUUUGUAUAAAAAGGCUGAGAGAUGUGAUUUUGAAGCAAAACUUGCCAUUCGUUCGAUUGUAAGAUCAGAUAAAAAGAUCUAUGAUCAAGUUUGUGCUGCAUUUCCGUCAUUUUAAAGUGUGUAUCUGCUGAUAUUUCGAAUAAAUACUUAAAUAAACAGCGUCA